AUGGGUACCCAAACCGUGACAUCCUUUAUUUGGACUGAAAAUGAGUACCACAAAGGAGCAAAUGAAAUAUCAUCUUGCUUAUUUUAUUAUUUAAACUCAAUUGUUGAUUUGUCACCUUACAAAACCAUUAGACUUAUUUGUGAUGGUUGUGGUGGACAAAACAAAAAUACUAUUUUAAUUAGCAUGGUGGCAUACUGGCUUUCAAAAGCACCAGGUAAUAUUAAAGAGGUGCAAUUGGUUUUCCCUGUCACAGGACACAGCUUUAUACCUCCGGAUCGUGUAUUUGGUAACAUCGAAAAAGAGAUAAAAAAGCAAGAAAAUAUUGUUUCUCCAACGAAUACAUUGAUAUAA